AAAUGAAAGUGGAAAAGGGAAAAAAUGUAGCUUAGCCUUAGCUAGAAAGAAUUGUUAUUAAACAAUGACAGAUUUGAGUGCAAAAGUAGAAAGAUGCCCAGGACUUUAUUGUGGGAGAAUUCCCCUAGGCAAUAAUAACUACAGUGAGUGUGGGGCAUGUCCCAGAGGCUACCAGCCAAAUGAAGAAAGCAUAUGUUUGGCUUGUGAUUCAGAGCCAACAUUUUAUGAUUGGAUGUACCUGGCUUUUAUGGCUCUCCUGUCUCUUGUUCUCCACUGGUUUUUUAUUGAUUAUACCAAUAGAAAGAAGACAACAAAAUCCCUCAUCUCACUCCACAUAUCAGCUCUACUGGAGAGCAUCAUUGCGGCCAUUUUGACGCUGUUGCUGGUUGAACCAUAUGGAUCUUUAACAGUCCGCUCCUGUCCCGUUAGUAAGCUCUCGGACUGGUACUCCAUGCUGCUUAAUCCACAACCCAACUAUACCAAAACUCUGUACUGUACACAGGAGAUUGUGUACCCACUGUACACAAUAGUUAUGAUAUAUUAUGCCUUCUCACUUCUCCUAAUGAUGUUGGUGCGGCCUGUCAUAUCGUACAAGUUUACGGAAAAGAAAGGGACCAAGUCCAUUUAUGCCGCACUAUACUUUCACCCAGUUUUAAUUGUCUUACAAGCCAUGCUAAGUGGCCUUCUUUACUACUCAUUCUCGUACUUGGUCAUAGCUGCCUCUUUGAUCACUGGCGUUAUUCAUUUAUCUGGAUGUGAUUUGUCAUCUUACUCUUCAGUGACCAAAGACAUUUUCCUGAAUGGCCGGAAUCUGACAAUUCUUGUGGGGCAUUGGUUCCUUCACGCGUUUGGCAUCAUCUCACUAACUCAGCUUACACAACUCGAGAUCCACCUCCCGAUUUUGGCCCUGGUUCCGUUUCCUACCAUAUUCUUUAUUCUCACAAUCCAGUUUUCUCACCCUUCUCACCUUGAGGAUGUUAACUGAGAAACACAGUCCCGGGGUAAAAUAACUGGAUAAAGAUGCCAGCGUGUCCAUUUCAUCCAAUUUGGAUUGAUUUCAGUUCAUCCCAUUUGGAUUAAGAUUUCAAUUCAUCCAAUUGGAUAAAGAUUUUAUUUCAUCCAUAUGGAUAAAGAUUUCAAUUCAUCCAUUUGGAUAAAGAUUUUUCAGUUCAUCCAAUUUGGAUAAAGAUGCCAGCAUGUCCAACUAGAUAAAAGAUGUCAGCUUAUUCAAUUAUUUGGAAGAAAGUACUGUGUUCCCUAAACUCCCUUUAGGAUUACAAAUGUUGUGUAGAUAUGGAGAACAUUUGGUAUUAUUCAUGAUCGCCUUUGAAUAACAUUUGAAUGAGUGGAUAUGGAUUUUUUUCUACAAGUGAAUACAUCCAGGGGUAAUCCACUAAGUAUGCAGACUAAAAUAUGAAUCAUUUAUAUUAAAUGAAAAAAGAAAUUUGAAAAUGAAUGUGUGAGAAAUUUGCGUUUGAUUAUGAUGAUCCAUGUCUUUGCUUGGAAUGUUCUCUACUCACCAAAGGUCAUCUCUAAAAUGAAUGCAGUCAUGAUUGCUUUGUGCUAUGUACAGCUGUGAUAAUUGUUUGUGGCAGAUAUACAUGUACAUGUAGCACUAUUUUUAGCUCACAAUAGAUCCAGCUUAUUUUCACCCAAUCAGUGAUUCUUUAUUUAGAGCAUGUAUCCCUAAUUAUAGUACAAGUAUAUUAUCCUAAAGAAAGAAAAAUAUAGAUUUUCUAGACACAACCUAGGCUAAAUAGAGGCAAAGAACAAACAAUAGCUGUAGGCUUUUCCAUAAAUAUAAGCCUAAAUAUAGAUUUUGUGGCUACUUAUAUUUGUAUUCAUGAAUACCUUAUUUAACAUUAUUCUUCUGAAGACAUGUUUAUGUAAGAGAUUAACCUCUUUUUGGUUUGAUUCAUUUCUAUUUUCAAGCUAAUGUUUCACUGCAGUUUUUAUUUAUUAAAAAUAAUUAAAAGCAUUUUAGGUUAUUUAUUUUCAUACAAUCACAAACC